CGACAGAAAAUGCAACAGAAUUGAAAAUGGGCAGUAGCAGAAAUUCGGGGGGAGGCAAGGCCACUCAUGUCCCUUUCAGUGGGGUGGGGGCAAUAAUUCAAAACACUUCCCAUGCGCCAUCAAGAACACUCGGAAGAUAAACUCAAGAAAAUCAAGAUUUCAUUCCAUUCCCUCUCUUUCUUUCUUACCUUAGUUAGCCUAGUUUUUGGGAAAUUCCCUUUUCCACCUCACUCCCUACCCCCUCCUAGACUUUAGUUUGCUUCUUUCCCACUCUUGAUUUCAAUCAUUCAUUUAUUGCCCUCUCACUGUCGCCCCUUUUCCGCUUUCAUAAUUCCAUUACCUCCUCGACACCAUGGAUGACGCUGAGCGUUGAAUAUUCUUCUUCAUCACAGUUCAGAUUGAGCGUCCAGGUUUGGAUCUUUGACCCUUUUUGAUUGCGGGACGCAACAGAUGGGUGGGGUGACGUCAUCAAUGGCGGCCAAGUUCGCGUUCUUUCCACCGAGUCCUCCGUCGUAUAGAUUGGUGCACGAUGAAGUUACAGGGCUGCUGUUACUGAGCCAAUUCCCCCACCGCGAAAACGUGGAGAUCACAAAGCUGCCGACGCGGCGGGGGUCGGAGAUAGUGGCUAUGUACGUCCGCCAUCCGAUGGCGACUUCAACUGUCCUUUACUCGCACGGGAACGCCACCGAUUUGGGGCAGAUGUACGAGCUUUUCAUCGAACUCAGCAUCCAUUUGCGCGUCAAUCUCCUCGGGUAUGAUUACAGUGGAUAUGGGCAGUCAUCUGGGAAGCCGAGCGAGCAGAACACUUAUGCAGACAUCGAAGCUGCUUUUAAGUGUCUUGAGGAGAAUUAUGGUACAAAGCAGGAAGAUGUGAUUCUGUAUGGGCAAUCGGUCGGGAGCGGGCCGACUUUGGAUCUAGCUGCUCGUCUACCACGCUUACGUGCCGUCGUUUUACAUAGCCCGAUACUUUCGGGUGUGAGAGUAAUGUAUGCUGUUAAGCGCACGUAUUGGUUCGACAUCUACAAGAACAUCGAGAAAAUCCCGCUCGUCAACUCUCCCGUCCUCAUCAUCCAUGGAACUGCUGACGAGGUCGUGGAUUUUUCGCACGGGAAGCAGCUGUGGGAACUUUGUAAGGAGAAAUAUGAGCCGUUAUGGAUAAAGGGCGGGAGUCACUGCGACCUCGAGCUCUACCCGGAGUACGUCCGACAUCUGCGGAAAUUUGUGUCGACUGUGGAGCGGUCGCCGUCGCACAGAUUCAGCAGUCGGAAGAGCACCGAUCAUCAAUUCGAUCAUGCUCCCGCUCGGAAGAGCACCGACAUGUUCGAUCAUGCGGCGGCUCCGCCGAGGAAGAGCACGGACCGGCGGGAGAAGCCGAGGCGGAGCACGGACAAGCACUUGCUCCAAACGGCGGCGGCGGCGGCAGCACAGCAGCAGAGUGUGGAUAAGUUAAGGGUGUCGUUUGAUCAAAUCGAAAGGUCGAGGAGGAGCGUCGACGGGAUGGAGAAGUCGUGGAAGAUCGCUGCGGGGAUGGAACAUCAUCAGUUCGAAAGAGCUCGGAAAAGCGUGGAUACGAUCGACAGGGGUAAAUUUUUGUAAAGCUUUUUGUUUUGGUUUGGUUUGGUUUGGUUUGUUGAGUUGAUAUGUUUAUGGUAUAAUGAUGGUACGGACAAUGACGGACAGUAUGGGAAUGAAGGGUAUAUACAUUUCAUUACGUACUUUCGAGAGCUCUCUCUUUGUCUGAAUUGUUGUUGUUCUGUAAAAGCCAAAGUAUUAUUCAUGGAAUUGGUUAGGGUGUCUUUCUUAUACUCCUUCA